GAACUUAUUUUAGUGUAAAAUAUCCACAAAUCUCUCAGAAUGUUUGAUAUGAAUCAAGGCGGAGGAUACUUCGGAGGGGCCAGUGCCAUGGACCCUGGGAUGAAAAGCAAACCAAUGGAGUCUGAGAAGAGAAAAUCAAGAAUGUUUGUCCCAGUCACUAUUAGGAUGAUCAAUGAUUCAUCCCCAAGACCUGAUGAUAUUUUUGAAAUUGAUGGAGCCCCCAUCAAUGAAGUAAUUAUUGUUGGAAGGAUCAUCAAGAAAGAUGAACAGCCUACUAGAACAUCAUUUGAGAUUAAUGAUAACACAGGAGCUUUUACUGUUAUUUAUUAUCACAGAGAGGAAGGCCAGGUCCCAACUGCUCUCAAAGAUUUUGUUUAUGAGCAAUUUUGUUAUGUCAAGAUAUAUGGAACUAUCAGAUCAUUCAAAGAGCAAAAGGCUAUCGUUGGAACUCAUAUUCAUAGGAUAGUUGACUAUGAUGAACUUACUAAUCAUCUGCUACAAACCUUUACAAGCCAUUGCAUUAGAAAGAAAGGAGUUUUAUCUGAAAAAGAACUUCAAGGGCAUACUGGAUCAGGAAAGAAAGCUGAGAGAAAUCUAGAUGAAACCAAAAAGCUUAUCCUAUCAACAAUCAAAAAUCUGACUAAUAAUGGCGGUGGUCUUGUGUACAGAGAGAAGGUUAGGUCUAUCCUUUCUGGAAAGAUGGAUGAGGCUGAGUUCUCUAAAGGCAUCGACUCACUUGUCGAUGAUAUGCUAUUAAUCUCGACUGAUAACAAGCAGACCUUCACAUUGGUCGUAAAAUAAUUUCAAUGAUGAUGUUCUUUGUGGGG